UACAAUAUUUGAGGAAUUAUAAAAAACUAGUUGGCAGCACUAGAUUGGGGUUUGUUUGAAUUCCGUUUUUGUUGUUAUUUUAUAAGAAAAGGUUUUGUUUCCACCUUUCAAUAAUGUAUUGUUUAGCAAGAGUUCCAUAUUUAGGUCGUAGUAUUGGAAGUAUUAAAUAUUUUCACUCUUCAGUGACCACAUUUGAAGCACAGAAAACAGAAAAAACUAUCAAUCAAGUGACACUCCUGGGAAGAGUAGGAGCAGACCCACAAAAGAGAGGAUCAGAAGAACAUCCAGUAAUAAACUUCCCUCUGGCAACUCAAUUUAGUUAUAAAUAUGAAUCUGGGGAUGUUUUGCAAAGGACCGAUUGGCACCGAAUAAGCAUAUUCAAACCAGGUCUUAGAGAUACUGUGUAUAAGUACUUGAAGAAGGGUCAAAGGGUGUAUGUAACAGGCAAGCUAUCAUAUGGAGAAGUGAAACUGGAUGAUGGUCAAGUGAGAAGCGCCUCUACAGUGAUUGCGGAUGAUGUCAUAUUUUUCCAAAAUAUUCCUAUUGAUAUUGAACGUUAACGAUCAAGUAAUAGGGACUAUGUGAUUAUUUUAAGUGAGUUAUUAAGCUAUAAUAAUAAAUGUAAGUCAUAGUAGCAGAACAGAA